UCUCGGAGAAUUAAACGAGAGCGACCUUUAAACAAAACAGUAAUGAAUUCAUAAGCACAAAAGCCUAAGCAUCGGCUAAUCAUAAAAUCAAACACGUUGCGGACAACUGGACCUUGGUUUCUCCGUCUUUCUUGGAGAUGGGACAAGUGUCCGUCGAUCCCACCAACAGCCUAACCACUUCCUCGAACUUGUUUAUUAUCCCGGACAGAUCUGAAGUCCCGCCAGCUGUUGCCGAUCAUUCUCUGCUUUCUCUGACCACCCCUGGUCGGGAUUUGCAACGCCUGUUUUCAUAGCUCGGCGCCGGAGGAAAUGGCGAAUCUUGCACCGAGUUUCGUUUCUCUCCCCUCUGAAUCUUGCAGGGGAUCACUACUUGGAACGACCCGGAUCUCUGCUAUUAAGCUCAAAGUAAGGGAAACUGAGCAGACCCAUUUAAAAUUAGGAUCUUCUUCCAGGAAGAAGCAGGGUUUAAGAAGGAAUGCAUCAAAGGAGACUCCAGGACUGAUGCACGGAAUUAGGAAAGAUGAAUACAAGACUGCAGAACAAACAGAAGGAUAUGACUCGUUCAAUGAGAUGAAGCAACGGUUUCUGACUUUUAAAGAGAAGAAAUACUUGGAAAAUUUAGAGCUCUAUCACCGUCUUGCCGAGAGUCAAGCACCUGAGUUCAUGGUGAUUGCUUGUGCAGAUUCCAGGGUUUGUCCCUCUGUCAUCCUAGGAUUGGAACCUGGGGAAGCCUUCACGGUUCGGAAUGUGGCAAAUCUUGUGCCGCCAUUUGAGAGCGGACCAUCAGAAACCAAUGCCGCGCUAGAAUUUGCUGUAAAUUCUCUUAAAGUGAAAAAUAUACUAGUAAUUGGCCACAGCUGUUGCGGGGGCAUUCGCGCACUGAUGAGCAUGGAGAAUACAGAUGGAGAUAAUUCAAGUAGCUUCAUCAGAAGUUGGGUUAUAGUUGGGAAAAAUGCUAGACUAAGCACCAAGGAAGCUGCUUCUCACCUCAGUUUAGACCAGCAGUGCAGGCACUGUGAAAAGGAAUCAGUGAAUCGCUCGUUGCUAAAUCUGCUCACUUAUCCAUGGAUAGAAGAACAGGUGAUGAGGGGAAACCUCUCUCUCCAUGGCGGCUACUAUAAUUUCGUCGAUUGCUCGUUUGAGAAAUGGACACUGGAUUACUAUAAAACCAUUUCGAGAGGAAAUAAGGACACGAUUGCAGUCACUGGUCGCUCAUUUUGGAGCUGAGUCUUACUCUUCACGUGUCCUUUACCUGUACGAUAAACUGCAAUUCUAAGUUAAUAUGGUUGGCCAAGGAACUUUCUUUUGUUAAUAAUGCCAGGCUCUGCCGGAAUGGCAUUGGCAAAUGCUCUUAUGUAUUGUCUGUGACCAAACGAUUAUGUAUGAGGAAUUGAAGUUUCAAAUGAAUCUGAAACUUGAAUUGUGCCAUGAUGUACCAGAAAAGCAUGAUAUUCUGUAAA